GGUUUCGAGGAGGCAGAGAGAGAGAGAGAGAAGCUGACUUUAGCUGAGCCUCUCCCAUGGGAGGAGUAAAUGCUCUUGCUGUCACUUUUUGACUCUUUCACUACCCCCUUCCAGUACUCCUUUCCUAUUCUUAUUUAAUUUGGGGUCAGCGUAUUCUCUCUUUCUAUAUAUGCAGAUCAAACAACCUUAGCACCCUAAACCUUUGUCUUUGCUUUUUCCAAGAAGAGAAAGAGAAAAAUAGAAGACUACUAACUCAUUAUUCGUUGUAGUAUAAAAUAUACAAAGAAAAGAAAGAGGGGUGAGAGAGAUGGGGAGACCACCUUGUUGUGAUAAAAUAGGGGUGAAGAAAGGACCAUGGACUCCUGAAGAAGAUAUUAUGUUGGUCUCUUUUGUGCAACAACAUGGUCCAGGCAAUUGGAGAUCAGUUCCCACUCAUACAGGGUUGCGCAGAUGUAGCAAGAGCUGCAGGCUAAGGUGGACUAACUACCUCAGACCAGGAAUCAAGAGGGGUAGCUUCACUGAUCAAGAGGAGAAGAUGAUUAUCCAGCUCCAAGCUCUUUUAGGCAACAAAUGGGCUGCAAUAGCUUCAUAUCUCCCGGAGAGAACGGAUAACGACAUCAAAAACUAUUGGAAUACUCAUUUAACGAAGAAGUUGAAGAAGCUUGAAGCAAGCUCUGGUAGUGAUUCAUACUCUAGUGAUGGACAAUGUUUAUCAUCUUUAAAUUCAACAUCCAAGGGCCAGUGGGAAAGGACACUUCAAACUGAUAUAAACACAGCCAAACAAGCUUUACAAAAUGCCUUGUCACUAGAUAAAUCAAGCCCAAUUCCCGACUAUACAAUUACUGAUGUGAAGCCAAACUUAAAACAAGAAGGGAAAAUUUCUACUUCUACUUACGCAUCAAGUGCUGAAAACAUAGCCAAAUUACUCAAACAGUGGACCACAAGUGAUUCCACGAAUAAUUCUGAGCAGUCAAAGACUUCAACAAGUACUCAACUCUCUUGUAAUAACAAUGCCAUGACCGAAUAUUCGUCUUCAUUUGAAUCACUCGAGUCAUUUGAACCAUCUUCUCAGGCUGUGACACCUGAGGCUGGUAAAUUUCAUGGAGAAAGCAAGAGAGAAGUGGAUGAUGAAGUCCCAUUGUCAGUAAUGCUGGAGAGUUGGUUGUUUGAUGAAAAUGACGAUUUACUAAUUUAGAAGGAUUUUUUUUUGUUUUUCCAUUUUGGGGGAUUCUAUUUGUUGCAUUAUGUUUUUGUUUCUUAUCCAUUAAUUACCAGCAGUUUAACUAGGUAUGGAUGUGAGUUGUGACAUCCUCAUUCUUAUUUUUUGUCCGGUGCAACGCUUUUAACAUUAGUGUAUAUUUAUCUUAUGAUUAAAUUGAGCAGUACUCAAUUAAGCUAGAAGAA